GAGAGAAUCACCGUCUCUCCGCAUACAUCACCUCGGCCGGCGCUGGCACCGAUCUCCUCCAGAGUCCAAGCCUCUUCACCCAAAGCCAUGGCCGCGCGGCGUCGCUCCCUCCUCAUGCUCCUGCCCCUCCUCCUCCUACUCCUCUCCCACUUCCUCUCCCUCGCCGCCGCCUUCCAGUCGGACGAGCUGCUCCUCCACGACGAUGACGAGUUCGAGGGCACCCGGGCCUCCUCCACCCCCUCGCCCCGGCCGCCCUCGACGCCGCCGGUAGUGUCCUCCCGCCGCCGAUCCGCGGACGCAACGCAGGCGGUCGGCGCCUCCGAGUCCAACACCGUCCAGUUCACCCUCGAGCACGACCUCGGAGCCGGUCUAGGGUUCGCCCCCGCCGGGUCCUUCUCCGCCCGCCUCAAGUCCUCGGCCCACGGCUCCCAGACUCUUACUAAGCUCCGAUUUACGAGGAAUGAGUUGACUGAGGAUGAAAAGAAUGCAUUUAAGAAAUUACUGGAAGAAGAUAGUUUUUACACAAUAAGGCUACCGUCUAAUGUGUUGGAUCCUACAAGAAACGAUUAUAUUUAUUCCUCAAUCAAAGCGAGAUGCAUUCCACGUGACAGCUUGGAUGAACAUAUUGUCAUCCACAUGGACGGUGUAAAUAUUUUGGCUGUUAAUUAUGGUUCCGUUGGUGGAUGCCAAUAUCCCCGGCCAAUGAAAGUACCAUCAAAAUGGACAUUCAAUUCAUACACUAUUCUGAAGACUGCUGACCAAGCACCAAGAACUCCAUCAUUUGUAGAGCAAUUAAUAGAAACUGAAAGUGGACUCGGUGAAGUGAUGAAACCACCUGAGAAAUCUUUCUGGGCUAAAUAUUGGAUGUACAUCAUUCCUCUUGGUCUCAUUGUCAUGAACGCCGUCACAGCAGCAGCAAACAUACCGGAGGAGCAAGCUGGAGGGCAGGGUCAAGCUCCAGCACAAAGGGUGCCAAUUGCUGCUCCAAGGAGAAGAUGAUGACUUCAUAUAUUCUUUGCAUGCCAUAGGUACUUUAUCUGGCAAAGCUAUUUCAGCAUCACAGACGUCGUUUGUCACAACCGUUCCUUCACCUGUAAGUUAUACCCAACAUCGUUUAAGUUUCAGAUUCACAAAGAAUGGAUAGGGGAUGGAUCUGCUUGACCUUCCCCAGAACAGGGGCACUACUAGCGGCAACAAGACUCACUUGUUUUUUUUUCUCGCAUUCAGAAACUCACCUUUGUUGUAGAAUCACCUCAGAAAGGUUGCGUGUUCUGGUCGCAUCUACAUGCGUAUUUUGCCUGUUGAUAGAAAUCACCAUCAGCCUUUAACCCGGUUCAAACUGCAUGCCUUAAUAUUCAGAACUAGCUUAAUUACCAAUAUCAAACACUGUAUGUUUUGCUCAUAACCUUCCUGUAUCAACGUUUUCGUGCUGCUUGCAUUGCCGAUGGUUUGAUGCUUUGAUGUU